AUGGCACGCCUACGCAAACCUAGUCCAAAUGAACCCACCAUCUUUAUGCCCCAAGCGGAGGCGAGCGCGACACGAAUGAGUCCCCGGAAGGCUACCUUGAGGUACGCCUCUUUCGAGGAAGAUGAUAGCUCGAUGCUCGUACCAAAAGCAUCAAAGCGCGCAUUGCGCGAUGCCAGCCUAUCGCAAGAUAUCGAAAAUUCGUUUCACACAGCAAAAUCAACCCUACCCAAAGACAUACUGUCCCCGCGCAAGCAACGAGUCCUGCGACCAGUCGAGAGCAACAGUCGCCUGCUUCGAAAGCUGAGUGACGAGAGCUUAGCGAGUCCGGAAAGAAAGCAAAGAGAGCGCAGAGAGCGCAGUGGCACGAUGGAUACAGACUUAGAGAAGAGGAACCGACUACGGUAUGCCACAAGCCUGGCAAGGAGCGUGGUGAACAAACAAGGACAGAAGAGCAGGAUUGAUGUUCUUGGAGAGGCAGAAGUCCAGCAAGCUGCUCGACGACCAGGGAGCAAGAGUCCCUUGAAGAAAGCAGAGGAGUUGGAAGCAGAAGCUGAAGAGGCAGAAGAAGAGGCCGAGACCAGCAUUCUAUGCGGCGAAGAGGAUGUUGAAAUGCAAGAAGAGGCUGCCGAACCAGUUAUCGAAAUCAGCGAUGACGAUGAUGAAGACGAAGAACCCGUCAUGACAGCUCAAACUAGGCGGCGACAACCCCAGACCCGACGGGUAGUCUCAGAUAGUGAAGACGACGAAAGUGAAGCCAGCCCUCCACGGCUAGUCAAUGAGUUUCGUUCGCCAACUUUCAAGAUCCCAGACCUGAAACCAGUCACCGUACCUACCCAACAACCAGCUGAUCUGGUCUCCAUGCGGCCCCCAGAUCGCAAAGGACACAGCACAAUAUCGAAUUGGGCGCAGGACGUCAUUGACAUGACCGACUCACCUGAGGCCCCGGAGUCUUUCAUUCUCCAACAGCCCACCCACGCACGGUCAAGUUCUUUCGCAGCAUCAUCACGUCCUACAAGCUCCGCCUCGAACGGGGCCUUUGCAAUCCUUACCUACUCACCAACACCUACCAAAAAGCGUUCACCUUGCAAAGCCCCGCCUAUUGAACGUCCAGGAACACCACCCCUGGCACCAGCGAGCCCUUCCAAGCUUGUCUCUCCAUCCAAGAAGAAGCUCGCAAUUCCCAAAGCUGCUGAUAUAGAUGGAAGACCCAGUCUCGAUGCAUUUUGGAAUCCUGCAGCAGUCAAUGAAUGGACUGAUCAUCACUCACAAGCCAAGGCAAUUGUUUCGCCCAAGAAGCAGAAAUGGCGCGAAGAUAUUGUGAAGAUGAUGGAGGGGGUUGCUCUGGAUGACAGCAGUGACGAAAGCUAUGAAAGCCCCAUCGAAAGUCCUAAGAAGAAGCUUGCCAAACGUCGCACAGCCAAGCCAAAGACGCCCGACGUCGAUGCACCGCCGACAGUGAAGCAAAUCCGUGAACAGCGCAAGGCGUUUUCCGAGAUGAAGCAUAGCAUUGCGGAAGCGUUCUUGGUAGAGCUCGACACCACCAUUGCUUCAGGUCGCAUCCAGGAACUAUCGAAAUCGACAGGUGGCAUAAAAUUAGUCUGGUCCAAGACACUCAAAACAACAGCCGGCCGAGCGAAUUGGCGUAGAGAGCAGAUUCGCGUCCGCACCGGCCCGCUAUCGGCAGACACCCGCACUGAGAUCCGACACCACUGCUCCAUCGAGCUUGCAGAGAAGGUCAUUGACGAUGAAGAACGUCUCUACAACGUACUGGCGCAUGAAUUUUGCCAUUUGACCACCUUUAUGAUUAGCGAAGUGCGCAACAAUCCUCAUGGAGCGGAGUUCAAGUCAUGGGGCCGUAAGGCAACCGCCGCAUUUGGGGCGAGCAAGGGCGUAGAAGUCACGACCAAGCACUCGUACCAGAUUGAAUACAAGUACGUCUGGGAGUGCAUUGCGUGCGGCUAUGAGUUCAAGCGCCACUCAAAGUCUGUAGACCCAACACGUCACUCAUGCGGAAAGUGCAAGGGAAGGCUUGCGCAGACCAAACCCAAGCCUCGUGGUGCUGGUGCUGGUGCAGCAGCUGUAGGCCAAGACGGCAAGAGGGAGAAAAGCGAGUACCAGGUCUUUGUCAAGGCAAACUUUGCGAGGGUCAAAAAGGAGCUUGAGGCAGAGGGUAGGGAUACGCAGAUGGGCAAGGUCAUGGAAGCGGUGGCCAAGGAGUACAGGGAGAGGAAGGGCACUAAAGCGAAGGAAGAGGUCUGUGAGCUGGAGGCUAAGCUUGAUGAGUUGAAGAUUUAG